AUGAAGAUGCGACAAUGGAGGUGGAAUUUCUUGCCUUGGGCUUUCGUGCUUCUCCUUCAGCUUGUUAGUGCUGGAGCGCUUACCUCCCCAAACGAUGAUGUUGCCCGGUACACAAGUACUCAUCCAGUUGAGAGCGGCGCAUCGACGCCACAGAAUGGUUUAGGGUUGAAAUCGAGCCAAAAAAGAUACGAUGAUUCUUCCAGCCAACCCGCCGUGGACGCUGCUUUAAAUAUCUUACGCCACUUCAAACCCGAAACAAAGAAAUACGAACGACCUUCCGGCUUCUUUUCGCAUGCUCGUCAUUAUGCCCGCGAAGCUUUCUAUCUACUUUUCAUGAAUGGGCCGCCCUUGGAUUCCCCGGGCCAGGAAGGCCCGCGAAAAACAAACUCACGCUUUAAGGAGGCACUUGCUCUGCUGGACAGUGCUGCGAACGAUGGAAACUCUGAUGCCAUAUACAUUCUGGCAGAUAUGAACUUUUAUGGCAAUUAUUCUCACCCGCGAAAUUACCCCAAGGCGUUUCAGCACUAUGAACGGCUAGCGAAAUUGACAGGGAACUCCACUGCUCAGUAUAUGCUUGGCUUUAUGUAUGCUACCGGCAUUGGUGAUGCGGUUGAAAGACAUCAAGGAAUGGCACUAUUAUAUCACACAUUCGCGGCAAUGGGAGGCAAUACCAGAUCUCAAAUGACAUUAGCGUUUCGACGGUACCUGGGAAUCGGCGCCCCUAAGAAUUGCAACGAGGCAGUCCAUUAUUAUAAAAAAGUGGCGGACAAAGCAAUGGCAUAUCAACGAUCGGGCCCGCCUGGUGGUCUCACUCUGUCGAAAAACUCGUACCGUUGGGCAGAUGCCGAGGGAGGCGUGUACGGUGAAGGCGCUAGCGUGUCGAGUUCUGGGGCAAAUGCAAAUAGGGAAAGCGUGCACUCCAGCUCUGACGCAAGUUUAGACGAUAUACUUGAAUACUUGGAUCUUCUUGCGAAGAAGGGAGACUUGGACGCGACCUUCAAUCUGGGAAAGCUGUACUACGAUGGCUCACGACACAUGACCAGAAAUUUCAGAAAGGCCAUGUUGUAUUUCGGAAUAGUUGCUAAGAGGUAUUGGUUGAAAGAUGGUAGAAUCAACCCCAAUCAUCCUGUUAAUGUCGAGAAAAUUGCAUCGAAAGCCGCCGCUUACAUAGGCCUUAUGUUCCUUCGGGGCGAGGGCACCCAGCAAAACUUCGACAAAGCCUUUACAUGGUUUAAGCGUGGAGUAGCAAACGGCAAUUCAAUGUGCCAACACUAUGUGGGUUUGAUGUACUUACAUGGACAUGGUGUUCCGCAAGACGCAUUGAAAGCGGCGACAUAUUUCAAAGCUGCUUCGGAGUUAGAUCACCCCCUUGCGGAAAUUCGACUGGGAGCCCUCUUCCUCGAUCAAGGUGAUGUUCCAACGGCAACUAGGUAUUUUGAGCUUGCAGCAAGGUAUGGGGUGACAGAGUCGUUCUAUUAUCUUGCAGAAAUUGCCGAUCGCGGGAUUGGUAAAGAACGUCACUGCGGCAUGGCCACAGGCUAUUACAAAAUAGUCGCUGAGAGAGCUGAGGAGGUGCAUUCUUAUUUUGCGGAGGCGAAUGACGCAUACGAAAGGGGGGACAAAGAGACAGCUCUAGUCUUGUCGAUGAUGGCUGCGGAGCAAGGCUAUGAGAAUGCACAGGCGAAUGUUGCCUGGCUCCUAGAUGAUCGACGAUCUGUACUUUCUUUGGACCCAAUUCUUCCCUGGCACAAAAGCCGCCGAUCGUCCAUUCUUCGCAAUGCAGCUCUGGCUUUGGUUUACUGGACACGUUCAGCAAGACAAGCCAACGUAGACUCUUUGGUUAAAAUGGGUGAUUACUACUUUUACGGCUACGGUGCCCGGAAAGACCUUAAAAAAGCUUUAAGCUGCUAUAGCAGUGCAGCGGAUGGCCACUAUAGUGCCCAGGCGUUCUGGAAUCUCGGGUGGAUGCACGAAUAUGGAAUCUCAGUCGAGCAGGACUUUCAUAUGGCAAAGAGAUAUUACGAUAUGGCCUUGGAAACAAAUGAUGAAGCAUACCUUCCCGUUAAACUUAGUUUAAUUCGCCUGCGUCUCCGCAGCUACUGGAACAAAAUUACAAAUGGAAAGGUGAAUUCCAUUCAAGAAGAGCAAGACUCGCCUAGGUCGGUUAAGGAAUGGAUUAGGGAGUUUGUUUCAAAUGAUGAAAAAAUGGGGGCUACUCAAAAGGAUAAAUUGAAACAAGCUGCUACCAGUGAAGAAGAUGAAGAUCCACUCGAGCAAAAUAGGGAUACUCGAAGUAGACAGCAUAGCGAUUACUUUGAUGACCUGGAUCUCGAUAUUGAUGAUGGCAUGCUGGAAAGUUUAGUGAUCAUUGGGCUGGCAGCGACUUUGAUUGUUUUAUUGCAUUUCCGCCAGCAAAGAGCAAUGCGCCGGGCGAACAAUACCGGGAGAAACAACAAUCAGGGUGCUACUGGUGAUCCCGGCCCUGGAGCACAAGCCCCAGAACCGCGUGAUGGGGAGGAAGAUAGAGGUCUUUUCCCAGCCCCAGAUGAUCCUGACUAUCCUGCUUGGAUUGCUGGUGCAAUCGGGCAUUGA